CCAGUACACUCCAGCUUGGGCAACAGAGUGAGAUUCUGUCUUAAAAAACAAAACAAAACAAAACAAAAAACCAAUGGCACGGAACAGUUAAGUAACUCGCCCAAGGUCACACAGCUAGUAAGUGGUAGAGCCUAAUGUGACCUCAGCCAUACUGGCACCAGGGACUACCCUCUUAACAAAAUCAACUACAUCAAUGGCUACCAAAUUGUUUCCCUCCACCUUGUUCACUCCUAUAGGUGAUGCCAUUGUUAUAACUAUAAAAGAUGCAGUUUACUUAACAAAAAACGUUUACCAUCCAUUGAUUACUUGGUCAAAGUAAACAGUAAGCAGCAAUGACUGAAACAAUUGUUAAAGUUGUCACUAUGGUAGAACAAUGUCUCCAAAAUCCGUUUUCUCUCUGUGAUGAUUCAGAACAUAAGAACCAGCCAUUCCAUUAGGAAUCACAUGCCUUGUUUAUGAGCCUGGACCGUGAAGGCAGAUUGCCUGGAUUUGAAAAAUGUUUGCAACUCAGUCUCCCCAUCUAGAAAUAGGAUCUACCUCAUAAGAUUAUUUUGUUUACAUGAGUUGUGGUGCAUAAAAAGCACUUAGAAUAGGGUUUUGCACAUCGCAAACAUUUCAUAAAUAUUUCCUGUUAUUAAUAUUAUUAUUCAUAUUCUAAUCCUACCCAUCAAACCAGCUAUCAUCUGUUUCUUCAGGGGAACAGCCCUGAAUAAACCUGGCAGUCCUGAGAUGGCAUGGAAACCUCUGACAGGUAGUUCAGAGGUUGCAAAGUUGGGCAAGAACUGAUUUCUGCCAGCUUUGUUCAUUCCGACACAGUGUGAUACCCGCUUCUCCAGCAGGUGGCACCAAAAAGACCUCGCUUGUGGGCUCCAGCUCCCUGGAUACAGCUAUUGGAUUACUGUACAGAUUUCUCUCUGUGAAUGUUAAUGGCACCUGUCAGCCAUGUUGGUGUUUUACAUUUCUUCCCAUUUCAUUUUCCCCAGGGUUAUAAGAGUGGGGCUGGUUAUCCUUCCUCAGCUUUCAUGUUUGCUGUCCUUUGGGUUACUCCUCCUGAAAUUCAAGUUUUCGUAAGUCAAACGCGGCCUCACCAGGGAGGUCAUGGUUUCCCAUCUGAUAUCUCUAACUUGGCAUUGCCAUCUUCAGCUGUGACUUUUUCUCUGCCUUCCCACUAAACCUGUUUUCAUUCCCCAGAGGGGCCUUUCAUUACUCAGUUCCUUCCACUUCAUCUCCUGUCUUUCGUUAGACUGUUCCCAGCUCCUGUGCUCUCUGCAAGUCACAUUCUACACUAGUUAGUCAGAUAUCUCAGCAAAUUUUGCGUUCUCUGGUCCAGCUCUUGAUUAUUUCCAUUCAGAUUCUCAAACCUAUAUUUCCACCGCUCAUUUAUGCCAGUCCUGUCUUGGAUAUCCCCACUCUGCUGGAGCAGUCACAGAGCCACUUCCCAGAUUUGAGAUUCAAGGGGUCUGUGGUGACCAUGGGUCUCACCCUGGCUUACCAGCUCUUUCCUUCAUUUCACUCAAUAAAUACUUCACUGAGCACCUGCUUAGUGCUUGUCACAGUGCUGGGUGCUGGAGAUCAAGUAAUGAACAAGGCAGGAUCUGGCUCAGUCCUCAUAUGGUUACCAUGAGGAGAGACCAAAUUAAUAUAAUAAUCACACAGUGAAGGUGAAGUUACACCUUGGGUAAGUGUUAUGAAGGAGAAGUGAUGCUGCAAUGGUGAUGUUCAAUAGGGAGGUUGUAGGGUUUGGGGGCCAGGGAAAGAGUUUCUCAGAAGAGGAAGUUAAUAUGAAGCAAGAGUAGAAGUGAAAAUGUGGAGAAGGGAGAGAAGGACGUUCCAGGCGAGGGAAGGGCUUGUUCCAGGGAAGAGGAAGUGGGGGAUGGGUGCCUUGAUGUAGUUUGUGAAUUGAGAAGAUCCCCUGAAAGCUCAUUAGAAGGGGCUUUCAGGGAUACAUGUAGAUCAGCUGAGGUCUAUUGCAGUAGGUCACAUGACAAAUGACGGUUUAAUCCAGGUGGUAGUGGUGGUAGAAACAGAGAGAGAUCUGACAGAUCAUUAGGGGAAAAAUAGGUGGGCCUCGGUUAUGGAUUGGGGGCUGGAGACAGGGAAGUUUCUCCUUGUUCAUGGUCUCUUUAAGGAACUCCACCCAAUGAUGUUCCACAUUCUUUCCCCUCCUUAGAAGUCUUAUUUCUCUUCUACCUCUUGCUUUCUUAUCUAGCAGAAACCUACACAACAGCUGGCCUGUGGUAGGCGCUGGUGAAAGUGACUUUACAUAUUGAUGAUGAGGUCCGUGUAUACAUGACCUUGUCGCACCCACCUCUCCUCCCCAUCACUCUGAGUUGAGAGUUUUCCCCCUAAAAUGAACCUGCUUCCCCCUAAAAUGACCCUUCCUGGCUUCCCUGGGCCCUUGCUGCCAGGGUUCUCUCUUCUCAGUAGCCCAGGGGUUCUUAACCUUUUGUGCACUGCAGCCCCCUUUGGUGGUCUGGGGAAGCCCAUGGACCUCUUCUCAUAACGAUGUUCUAAAUGGAGAAAAAUAAUAUAUGUAAUAUUACAAGGGGAAACAAUUAUACUGAAACACAGCCCUAUCACAUAUUUUUUGUUUUGCUUUUACAGUAAUAUAUGUGCUCCUUUGUAAAGCAUUAAGGAACAGAAUUAUUUAAUGGUGGGUGAAAUAACUCCCAUGACUUCAAAGUAGCAACAAGUAUAAAUGAUACUUUGAAAUAUGUGCAAUAAAUAGAAUGUGACAACAACUGUGAGGUCUAUUGGUCACAAGUUGCAAGAACUACUAAUACUAGAAGUAUCUUGCCUGCAUUGAAAGUUGAUGGAAAUACAUACCCAGCUCCAGGCAGAGGCUAGGCAAAAUACAGAUGCAAUAUUUUUUCCUUCUCGGUUCACAGAGCCCCUGCUGUGGCGUACUCACCUAUGCUCAGGUUCUCUCCAGCUCACACAAGUGCCAUGCCUUGUGUGACCCUGUACCCACACCGGUUUGGAAACUCUGGGAACCUCUCUCCCUUCUUUCAAGGCCUGAUACCAGCACUGAGUAUUUCCACAGUCAUCUUAGACUGAAAUCCAACCAAAGCAACCUCUCCCUUUGCUUUGCAGAAGUCAGGUCCUGUCCACAGCCACUCUUAUUUCUUCCCUCCUGCACCAUUCUUUUAGUCUUUCAAGCUACAAAUAUUGAGAUUGUGCUGGAGGAAUCUUCUUGCCCUUCGACCACUACAAUGAGUCUCUCAUUUCUUCCUUCCUUGGAUGUCUGAUCCUUCACAGUCUCUCCAUUUUCUUUGUGGCCACCCUGUUCACUCCCCUAUAGGACUUCUUUCCUCUCCUCCACUCCUGUCACUCAUCAGUCUGUCUUGCGUGCCAUUCCCAGAGUAAUCUUGCUGAAAUGCUGCUUUCACCAAGUCAGCAACUCCAUCUGGCUUUCAUGACCUCCCCUACCCUACCCCCACCUCUUAAAAAAUAGUUAAAAUGCAUAAGAUUUGUAAAGUAAUCCUUUUCUGUUCAUCUAAAAUAACAUACAAGGACCCUGCUCCUUCCUGUGGAUCCAGCCAAGCUCUGGGAAGGAAUCACAACCCACAGAAAUUGGCAGGGCUCAGGGACCUUUGAGAGUUUGGCUCUCUAAGAUCGAAGUCAGCCAGCAUCUCUGUGGAGACUGCGAAUGCUGGGGGUGACAUUCUUAGAGCUGUAGCUGGAGACCACUGGCCAUGUCUGCCUGAAUAUUCAGUAGCCACCAGCUGGAAUUCACAGAGGCUAGCCCACCCCAGCUGGGGUGGCAAGCCAUCUACAGGGGCUUUAAUUAAAUUCUGUUAGCAGUCCCUGAAGUCAGUCUCCUCUCCUGGGUCUACCCUGGGUGCGUGGCUCUUACCCGUCCUCCCAGUGAGUCUUUAUGAAAAGUCUGGACCAAUUCAAGGAGGGAAGGGUGAGAGAUUCAUCCGGCCGAGAUGACACACUCAGGCCAGGGGAGGCUCCUGCCCUCACAGGGUGGGCUACCAGCUCAUGCAGAGGGAAGCCUUGACGACUGGGAGAGAGCACAGCUGGACCCUUCAUUUCCAGGGGCACGCCCUUCUACCUCCACCCCCAGAAAAAGUGUUUUGUACUCCCUCAUCUGGUUCUGGGCCAGAUGGUGGUCCAUCUGUCUAACUGAUUUCUUACACACAAAGAGAAAACACAAAGAAGCAGAAGAAAAACAGCCCAUGAAAAGUCCAUUUGUUUUCCUCUGAUGACAUGCACUUGAAAAUGACAAAGUAUACCCUUUCUGGAUCUCUCUGAUCUGUUUGGUGAAGAGAGCUCACUCAUCGGAUGUUAAGCCUUUCAGCCUUCUCACUGCAGGCCACCGUUCUGUCCCUCAUCAGGGUGUAACUUUGGAAGUAGAAAUAGGGAUUCUGAAACCCAUGUGCCAACGUAUUAUGGGGCCCUCUCUCUCUGCUCCCUACCCCAGACAGAGGAGUUGACAAUCCAGGUGAGUUAAUCUGCUUAGAUGUGGCUGGGUAACUCCUUCCGUGCCUACCUUGCUUGUCUCAACUUUGAACCAACAAGGCAGCAGCACUUAAGCUAAUUGGGGUCAUGCAAUUUAGAACGCUUUUAACAUAAACACCCUGUUGACGUUGGAGGGAUUGAAAUAUGCUCUUGUGGGAGCAACAGAGAGAUGAAUUAAAGCAGAAACAGCUCAGUCAUCCCAGUUAGUGGUCAUAAAAUUGCCCAGAAAUAUAUUAUUUGAUUCAUUGUGUCCAUCAUGUUUUUUAAAGUCUCUAUGGCUCUUCAUACAGGACAAACCAAAAUCAAAUUAAAAUGAAGAGCAGGUUCCACUUAUCCUGAAAGCCUGUUUGCAGUUGUGCAGAGCUGCAAAUCAACAGGAGGGAAUGCAGCAGUGGAAUCUGCGAUGAGGCCUCGUGCGUCAAUGGUGGCACCUGUACAGCAAUCAAAGCCGACUCCUACAUUUGCCUCUGUCCCCUUGGGUUUAAAGGUCGACACUGUGAAGACGCUUUCAUCUUGACCAUUCCUCAAUUCAGAGAGUCUCUGAGAUCCUACGCUGCAACUCCCUGGCCACUGGAGCCCCAGCAUUACCUUUCCUUCACGGAGUUUGAGAUCACAUUUCGGCCAGACUCAGGAGAUGGUGUUCUCCUGUACAGCCAUGACACAGGCAGCAAAGACUUCCUGUCCAUCAACAUGGCAGGGGGCCACGUGGAGUUCCGCUUUGACUGUGGCUCUGGGACCGGUGUUCUCAGGAGUGAAGAUCCCCUCACCCUAGGCAACUGGCACGAGCUUCGUGUAUCUCGCACAGCAAAGAAUGGAAUCUUACAGGUGGAUAAGCAGAAGGUAGUGGAGGGAAUGGCAGAGGGAGGCUUCACACAGAUUAGGUGCAACACAGAUAUUUUUGUUGGCGGAGUCCCCAAUUACGAUGAUGUGAAGAAGAAUUCAGGUGUCCUGAAGCCUUUCAGUGGGAGCAUCCAGAAGAUCAUCCUGAACGACCGAACCAUCCACGUGAAGCAUGACUUCACCUCCGGGGUGAAUGUGGAGAAUGCGGCCCACCCCUGCGUGAGGGCCCCUUGUGCCCAUGGGGGCAGCUGCCGGCCCAGGAAGGAGGGCUAUGACUGUGACUGCCCCUUGGGCUUUGAGGGGCUUCACUGCCAGAAAGCGAUCGUAGAAGCCAUUGAGAUCCCGCAGUUUAUUGGCCGCAGUUACCUGACGUAUGACAACCCAGAUAUCUUGAAGAGGGUGUCAGGAUCAAGAUCAAAUGUGUUCAUGAGGUUUAAGACAACUGCCAAGGAUGGCCUUUUGCUGUGGAGAGGAGACAGCCCCAUGAGGCCCAAUAGCGACUUCAUUUCCUUGGGCCUUCGGGAUGGAGCCCUCAUGUUCAGCUAUAACCUGGGCAGUGGUGUGGCAUCCAUCAUGGUGAAUGGCUCCUUCAACGAUGGUCGGUGGCACCGAGUUAAGGCCGUUAGGGAUGGCCAGUCAGGAAAGAUAACCGUGGAUGACUAUGGAGCCAGAACGGGCAAAUCCCCAGGCAUGAUGCGGCAGCUUAACAUCAAUGGAGCUCUGUAUGUGGGUGGAAUGAAGGAAAUUGCUCUGCACACUAACAGGCAAUAUAUGAGAGGGCUUGUGGGCUGUAUCUCUCACUUCACCCUGUCCACCGAUUACCACAUUGCCCUCGUGGAAGAUGCCGCGGAUGGGAAAAACAUCAACACUUGUGGAGCCAAGUAACACCAGCUGGCCUUGCCCAAGGGACACAGCCUUCUAUUCUGAGAAUCCCAGGGGCCCUGAGAUCCUGCCUGAUGCUAUAUGCAGAGGCCCAGGGACCAGGUGUGUGUCCUCUCACCAAAAAGAAAGUACACACUGAUGAGAAACUGAGAACCAAGACAGGCAUCCCUGGGUGGCCUUUCCUGCUGACACUCCGCGAGCUGACCCAGCAGAAUUCCCUGUGUAGGAAGCAUCGGACCUUGUCCAUUGAAUAUGUAGCGGCUGCCAGAGAUCACACAUCAAUGCAAAUUCCAGAGCCUGUCUCCUAUAGCUCAAUGACUGUGUUGUGAUUCAUGGUACAUUAAAGAGAGAGAGAGAGAAAGAAACCCCCAGGGGCAGUAUUAAAAUACUUCUCUCCUUCCCUGACUCAUGACACUCUUCCUGACAGCAGAAUGACUGUGUGCCCUUGAACUUCACAUUUCCCACCUUGACCCGUGGAUUGUUCGGAUUAACCCCUUCCACUCCUCACUGGCUGGCUCACUGUGUUCUGACUAGUCCAUGAAAAUAAAGAUGGAAGGAGACCAAACACAGAAUCAUAAUCAUAAUGCGGCCCCCUUCCCCAGAGCUUACCUCGAAUGUGAAAUUCCUACUUUUUAUAAUGCAGAGUUAAGGAGCUGAGCCCCAUGAUUUUGUAGCUGUACUUUUGUAUGUGUAUAUUUUUAUAGCUACAGACUGUCUACACAGUAUACCUUUGGAAGUUUGGGUGAAUGACCCUGAAUUCUUGCAUACCUUUCCUAAAAAUUUCUCCCAGAAGAGACUUGUUUGAGCCGUUUGUGGUGUCAGUGGAAUGGAUAGGUAACUUGGGUGGGCGACUUGGGGAGCUGACCAUCCUCUUUUGGUAAAUGUUGACGGCUCAAGGGGAUGAAUAUAAGGCUUUCCAAGAUAAGCAGAUUAAAAGGAACAUGUGUUACCGAGGUAGGUCACUGUCAUUUUUGCUUUAAGAGAGGGGGAAUAUCUGUAGUAAACUUGAAUAAAGAGGACAAAGCUA